GUUCCAGGAUGAAAGAGUGUAAAUAUGCGUGUAAAGCGGAGUUUCGCUAGGCGAAGGAGAUAUAAGAAUAAUCCGCAGGCUUUUUAAGUUACAACUUGACCAAAACACAAGCCAUAUCCAAACCAGCACAUAUACAUACAUACAUAGUUACAUACAUACGAGACGCGGACAUAGGCAAUUUCGUUGGCUGUCUUCUUGUGCGUGUCAAUUUAUCAAACCCCUUUUCUUUGUUUCUAAUCCAAUUUUUUAUACAUAUUCUUGAUCUUGAUUAAAUUAAGAAUCGAGGGUUUGCUUAGUAAAGUCCUUUUGCUGGGCUUAUUUUGAGGGGUCGUGAAAAUGGCGUUUAAUUGGGUUUAUUUUCUUAGAGUUACCCUUUUGAUCCUCCUUAUUGCAGCUAUUACAACCGCUUGUUUUACUCUCCCUGUUGAAAAGAUAUUGAAGAACUUCCUUGUAUGGGUAGAACAAGAUCUCGGCCCCUGGGGUCCUCUAGUGCUGGCAGUUGCGUACAUACCUUUAACAGUUUUGGCGGUACCAGCAUCAGUACUUACUCUAGGCGGUGGUUAUCUUUUUGGCUUGCCUGUGGGUUUUGUUGCUGACUCUUGUGGCGCCACUCUUGGUGCAGCUGUCGCGUUCCUUCUUGGGAGAACAAUUGCAAGGUCAUUUGUUAUUUCCAAGUUAAAGGAUUAUCCGCAGUUCCGUGCAGUUGCACUAGCCAUAGAGAAAUCUGGAUUUAAGAUUGUCUUGCUUCUCCGGCUUGUUCCAAUGCUUCCAUUUAGCGUGUUGAAUUACCUAUUAUCUGUGACACCAGUUGCUUUAGGGGAGUACAUGUUGGCUUCAUGGUUGGGAAUGGUGCCAAUUACACUUGCUCUAGUGUAUGCCGGGACAACUUUGAAGGAUCUUUCUGAUGUGACCCAUGGAUGGCAUGAAUUCUCCAAAACUCGUUGGGCACUUAUUGUUUCUGGUCUUGUGUUGUCUGUGGUUUUAUUAAUAUGUGUUACCAAAGUUGCGAAGUCUGCUUUGGAUAAAGCAUUGGCCGAAAAUGAGGAUAUAGAUGAUGAUGUGGGCGCAGCAGAAGAAUCCACUGAAGUUGAUCGUGUGGAUCUCCAGCAGCCGCUACUAAUCAAGAUAGAUUCCUCUGAAGACAGCCAUGAGAAAUGAAACCUACCCUGUAUAAUAUGUAGUACCUCUUUGCACUUGGCAUUUUUUUUUUUAGUUUUGCUGCUUUGUCCACAUGUAUAGUUUUAUUCUACUACUUUAGAUUUGGCUCCUUUUCUAGUCUACUUAUACAGGUGAAAAAAGAUUGUGAGGUCGGUUUGACUAAGUUCAAAAGAAGUUACCUAUUUUUAUGAAGUAAAGAAUUAGAUUA